AUGCGAAGGUGGAUUUCCCCCCUCUCCGCUCCCGUCGUGGCAGCGGGGGGGGUCUCCCGCGGGGUCGCCACCCGGCCGCCGCCGUACCGCCGCGUCGGCAACGUCCUCCUCGUCAGCUGCGUCGAUCACCCGUUUAAACACGCGUGGGAGGUGAACCGCGUGAUGCGGGGGCUGCGGCUGGAGUUCAUGGGGCAAACCACCAUCCUCCCCGAUAUCCCACCGGUCCGUACCGCCCUCUGGCGGGCCCGCGCCGCCGUCCGCGUGGACGUGCUCGACCUGGACGAGGCCAAGGCCCUCAUCGGGGUCCCCGAACACGUCACCUUCCGCGACCUCAACGCGCAGAUCCCGAGCUCCUUCGGCCGCAUCGGGGGGAUGCCGAACCCGCAUAUACGGAGUAAGGUGCGGUUCAUGCAGCUCCGCCGCAUGCGGCUGCGCGACGUCCUCCACCGGGAUGCGCUCGAGAAGCGAUUGCUCGAGGAGAAGCGAAGGCUGCACGCGCAAAAGGAGACGCCACCAGAGACGGAUGGUGCGGAGAGGGAGUCAAGCACCGGGGUUGAAUCUCCCGAAGAGCACCCACCUCAGAGCCUUAAGUCCUAA